UUGUUGUCUAAAGCGAGCCAAUUGCCGAUCAGGCUAUAAGCCCUCUCUCCGCCAAUCCCCAAAAUCAAGCGGUUCCCAUGAUUCCGUUCAUCUUUUUUCUUCAAUUCGCCCUCUCUGUUGCAUCCACUUCCUUGAAUGAUUCUUCGGCGGAUGCGAUAAUUUCGCAGAUCAAGGAGGGACGAGAACAGAGAGAAUUGGAUUACUUCAAAUUGACGCUGCAAUGGCCUGGCACUGUCUGCAAGGGCACCGACAGCUGUUGUUCCUCCAACGCAUGCUGUAAUAGAUCUGGUGCUUUUGCUGACUUUACGAUUCAUGGGUUAUGGCCUGAUUAUAAUGAUGGAACAUGGCCUUCAUGUUGCAAUGGAACAAGUUUUGAUGAGAAGGAGAUUCAUUCCUUACUUGAUCCCCUGAAGAAAUAUUGGCCAUCUUUGAGUUGUUCAUCUUCAACUUGCCAUGGUGGGAAGGGAUCAUUUUGGGCUCAUGAGUGGGAGAAGCAUGGAACUUGUUCUUAUCCAGUAAUUCGGGAUGAAUACAGUUACUUUUUAACUACUCUCAACGUUUUUUUCAAAUAUAAUGUCACUAAAGUUCUGAAUGAUGCUGGAUAUCUACCUUCAAAUACCGAGAAAUAUCCUCUUGGAGGAAUCGUUUCAGCAGUUGAGAAUGCUUUUCAUGUCACCCCUUCUUUAGCAUGUUCAGAGGGUGCACUGCAGGAACUUCGUUUAUGUUUCUACAAGGAUCUCAAGCCUCGUGACUGUGUUCAGACCGACUCACAGAAUGGGAUCAUCUCUUCAAAUUUUUCGUGUCCCCAAUAUGUGAGCUUACCAGCAUAUGAGCCAAGUGGCAAUAAUAUUUUCAAGUUCGUUGAUUCAAGUAGGCAAUAUCUAAGUGCUUAACGUUCAUUCUAUUGAACAUUAAAGAUUAUAUAUAUAUGAAUCUGUAGUGUAUUAUGUUUCUAACGCAUGGUGGAUUAGAGCUUCGUUAACGAUGCAUUUUUAAUCUUAAUCUUGAUUACUG